AUGAGAAUCUGGUUUGUUGAUGAUAGUUGGGAAUUGAGAAACAUGAUUAUUUUUGUGGCAAAAUGUGAAGAUGAGGAUGAAGAUGUAGUUGAAAAUGAUUACUAUGAAAUUAUGAAGUCUUUGUUUGUGGAUUGGAACAUACACACAAAAAUAUGUUCUAUAUUUAUCAGCGAUGGAAAAGUAUAUGAGGAAGUUACCAAGAAUUUGAACAGUUGGUUCAACAAACGAGGUUCACUUCCUUUUAUUGGUACAAUUAUUUCGGAUUAUGCUUUAUUAAAUAUGUUGGAUUGGGAUUUUUUUGAUGAUUUGAUAAAAAUUUCGCAACAUGAUAUUAUUGCUAAAGUGUCUAAGCUUAGGGACUACGUUUGCACACCAUCCAAUGAUCAAAAGUUUGAAUGUGCAGUACAUCAAGCUCUGUCCAUGGGCAAAAUAGUAAUUUCUCAAAGUGUUCCUCCUUAUUGGUAUAAGGAUAUUAGAGUGCUGGAGUGGGUAAUGGGAUGUAAAGAAGCAUUUAAUGAACUAGAGCAUAUAGAUCCUGAUUUCAAGUUUAUCAAUUUUACAAAAGAGGAUUGGGAUGACGCAACUUUACUCUAUAGUGGUUGGCAAGUGCUACGUGAUUACAAAAAGGAAAUUUUGAAGUUGGUAGAUCCUAAAUAUAUAACCGUAACUGUGAAUUUCAAAGUAAUCCGUGACAUCUUUUUCAAAUUGGUUCAGUUGAGGAAAAGUAAUAAUUAUUACAUUUGCCACUUUGCAUCACUGAGCAUAAAACAUAUUGCAGAAUAUUGGAAGAAUUUUAGGUCAAUUUUAGAAGUCGAGGUCAUUUUGGAUCCACGGUGUAAAUUGGAUAUGGUAGAAAAUAUCUACAAAAUGAUUUAUGAUAAUAAUUUUGAGAUACACCUUCAAAAAGCGAUUGAUGAUGUUACAAAUAUUUUCAAUGAAUAUAUGGAAGGCAUGUCAUCAUCCUCUUCAAGCCAUGACUAUAAUGUUACUUCAAAAUCAGAACUUGACUGCUAUUUGAGAGACGAGUUUCCUUCAAGAUGA